GCGCGGCCCGCCCCCGGCUGCCCCGCGCGGCCUGCCCAGGGACAUCGAGGCCUAUGUGACCAUUCCCUAAAAUACUUAAGCUCGAGAAUCAUGGAGCGGAAGCUGCAGGGCACAUGGCUGCCUGCUGGCCGAGGGAGUCUGGAGAAACCUGUCCUGGGCCCCCGCAGCUCCAUGGGGCCGGUGUUCAGCCAUCAGAACAGCCCGCACUGCGUCCAUGCUGAGAGCAGUCCCCUGAAGCCCAGGGUGGUGACCGUGGUGAAGCUGGGCGGGCACCCCCUCCGGAAGAUCACCCUGCUGCUCAACAGGCGCUCAGUGCAGACCUUCGAGCAGCUCUUGGCUGACGUCUCGGAGGCCCUGGGCUUCCCGAGAUGGAAGAACGAUCGCGUGAGGAAACUGUUUAACCUCAAGGGCAGGGAAAUCCGCAGCGUCUCUGAUUUCUUCAGGGAAGGGGAUGCUUUCAUAGCCAUGGGCAAGGAACCGUUGACGCUGAAGAACAUUCAGGUGGCCAUGGAGGAACUGUACCCCAGUAAGGCCCGGGCUCUGAUGCUGACCCAGCACAGCUGGGCACCCUCUCCGAGGCUGAGGAGCAGGCUUUAUUGCAAGGCUCUGAAAGGGGGUCACCUCUGUGGGGAGACGGAGACGGCCAAGAGCUGCAGUGAGGCUGCUGGGUCCAAGACAGCCAUCAGGCAUCAGGGGAAGGCCCCCGUGGAGCCGGUGCUGGAGGACAGGGCCAGGGCCCAGAAGACGUGGGUGCGGGGCAAACGGGAGCCUGACCCUGGCAGCAAGCCGCCCCGGGAAGCCACUUCCGAGAAGCCUGCCAGUGGGGAGAAGCACCUGGCCGUGGAGAUAGAGAAGACCUCCGGUGAAAUCAUCAGGUGUGAGAAGUGCAAGAGAGAGAGAGAGCUUCGGCAGGGCCUGCAGAGGGAGAAGCUGUCCCUGGGGACCAGCGAGCUCGACAUGGGCAAGUGCCAACGGUAUGACGUGGAGAAGCUGGUGAGGACCAGGAGCUGCAGGAGGUCCCCCGAGGCCAAACCCCCGGGAGGGGAGGAAGGGUGGAAGGGUGACAGCCACAGGAGCUGUCCCAGGAACCCUACUCCGGAGCUGAGGAGACCCAGCAAGAACACGGACAAGAAAGAGGACAGAGACCCCGAAGGUCAGGAAGGUCAGCCUCAAGGAGUGGCCAAGGCUAAGAAGGAUGUUGUGGAAGCUCAGCCCGUCAGAGAGGGUGGGAAGAAAGAUGCCCGGCAGAAGCGUGGCGGCUGGUUCCUCAGGGAGCACCAGGCCGACUCAGAGAAGCCCCCUAGGACCCGAGGGGAAGAGCAGGAGGCAGAGAAGGAGAAAAAGCCAAGCGUGUCAGGUGGGAGGAGGAUGCUUCCCAGGGAUGACCAACCCGCAAGGGUCGAAAAGGAGCCCAAGAUGAAGACAGAAGAAAGCAAGCCAGAGAGGCCUGGUGGCCGGAAGCGGCGACCCGCAGGCAUCAUCUUGGCCAGCGUGGAGAAGCAGUAUGAGACUGGCCGGGUCAUCGGGGACGGGAACUUUGCCAUCGUGAAGGAGUGCCGACACCGGGACACCGGGCAGGCCUACGCCAUGAAGAUCAUCGACAAGUCCAAGCUCAAGGGAAAGGAGGACAUGAUUGAUAGCGAGAUCUUAAUCAUCCAGAGCCUCUCUCAUCCCAACAUAGUGAAACUGCAUGAGGUGUACGAAACGGACAUGGAAAUCUACCUGAUCAUGGAGUACGUGCAGGGCGGGGACCUGUUUGACGCCAUCCUAGAGAGUGUGAAGUUCCCAGAGCGCGACGCCGCCCUCAUGCUCCGGGACUUGUGUAAGGCUCUCGUCCACAUGCACGACCAGAACAUCGUCCACCGGGACCUCAAGCCAGAAAACCUGCUGGUUCAGCGAAAUGAGGACAAAUCUACCACCCUGAAACUGGCUGAUUUUGGCCUUGCAAAGCACGUGGUGAGACCAGUAUUUACUGUUUGCGGGACGCCGACUUACGUAGCUCCUGAAAUUCUUUCUGAGAAAGGCUACGGGCUGGAGGUGGACAUGUGGGCCGCCGGCGUGAUCCUCUAUAUCCUGCUGUGUGGCUUCCCCCCGUUCCGCAGCCUGGAGAGGGACCAGGACGAGCUCUUCAACAUCAUCCAGCAGGGCCACUUCGAGUUCCUGGCCCCUUACUGGGACAAUAUCUCCGAUGCUGCCAAAGACCUGGUGAGCCGCUUGCUGGUGGUAGACCCCAAAAAGCGCUACACGGCCCACCAGGUUCUUCAGCACCCCUGGAUCGAGACUGCCGGAGAGAGUGGCACAGCGAACCCACAGAAGGACGCGUCCCCAGGGAGCGAGGGCCACCUCCAGAGCCAGCACAAGCGGCCUGCAGAGCAGGCAUCGUAGUCACCACCUCGGGUCCCUGUUCAGCCCCUCCUCCUGUUCUGCUCCAGGACAAAGGAUAGAAGUUUCGGAGAAAGAGGAUGAUGACAAGGACUUCUUCACACAAUUGGAGAAUC